UGCACCCACAUUUGCACGUUGUUGAUUUUGCACGAACAGUUUUGUUUCAAAUAAUAAUAAUAACAACAAUAAUUACAUUGCGACUUCUUGUACUUGUUUUUUCUUGGGGGUGUAGAUCGAAACACGAUGGCGGUGUCGAAGCACGAAGACCGAAUGAUUACCCUACAGCAGCAGGUGAAAGAAAACCAGCUUGAGAUCCAAGAAUACCUGGCCGACUUGGACAGCUGGACGUCAGACGUUACAGCCAAAGAUCGUGCGUUGGUGAAACACAAAGUCACUGAAGAACCGAAACUGCCACCAGUUAGGAACAGCCUUAACAAAAAGAAGAGAAAAAAGGUGAAGAAGAAACUAGUAGAGAAUGGUCAAGGUUCAGAAAAGACAACCAGGAGGAUCAGUGGUUAUGACUACCGAGCAUGGGAUACGUUUGAUAUU